CAUCGCUGAGGCAGACUGGCACCGGAGGAGAGUAAUAUGGUACCUUAACGACUGGUCCAUCCAGCGGCCUGUUUGGUUCUGUUUCUGUUCGGCGACCGAUUCGUCGGUUCAUGUCAAACGUUUACACCCGGUUAGGAGCUGGAGGAACGGAAAGCGCACGAGCUGAAACCAAACACGGAUUUAUUUAGGAGAAAAGCAGCGAGACGGUUCCUACAGUCAUGGAAAUUGUCACACAUUUAAUUAACAACACCAUAGAGUUCUACAAAUGGACCCUAACUAUUGCAGACAAGCGAGUGGAGAAAUGGCCUCUGAUGAGCAACCCCCUCCCCACGCUGGCCAUCAGCACCUCCUACCUGCUUUUCCUUUGGCUGGGGCCCAAAUACAUGAAGAACCGAGAGCCCUUCCAGCUACGCAAAACCCUCAUUGUCUACAACUUCAGCAUGGUUUUCCUCAACGUCUUCAUCUUUAAAGAGCUGUUCAUGGCAGCGCGAGCAGCAAGAUACAGCUACAUUUGUCAAUCUGUGGACUAUUCAGAUGACCCCAAUGAAGUCAGGAUGGCAGGAGCUCUGUGGUGGUAUUUCAUCUCCAAGGGCAUUGAAUACCUGGACACAGUGUUUUUCAUCCUGAGGAAAAAGUUCAACCAGGUGACCUUCCUGCACGUCUACCACCACUGCACCAUGUUCACCCUCUGGUGGAUCGGCAUCAAGUGGGUGGCAGGAGGACAGUCCUUCUUUGGUGCACACAUGAAUGCACUGAUCCACAUCUUGAUGUAUUUGUAUUAUGGUCUGGCCUCCUGUGGACCUAAAAUCCAAAAGUACUUGUGGUGGAAGAAGUAUCUGACCAUUAUUCAGAUGGUCCAGUUCCACAUCACCAUCGGCCACACUGCCCUGUCCCUCUAUGUCAACUGCGACUUCCCCCACUGGAUGCACUACUCCCUCAUCUGCUAUGCCAUCACCUUCAUUGUUCUUUUCGGUAACUUCUACUACCAGACUUACCGUCGCCAGCAGCCUGCGCGACGCGACACCUCCUCUUCCUCCAAGGCAGCAAAGGCUCUCUCCAACGGCAACCUCAACGGCUUCAACAAAGCUGCUAAUGGGGCGCCGCUUGUGGGGAGCAAGGAGGAGAAACCCCAGGAGAACUCUGGAAGAAGAAAGAGGAAAGGACGUGCUAAAAGAGAUUAGAAGAAGAGGAUGAGGAGGACAGGUGAGGUGGGACCCUGACUUUGGCUACUAGGUUGAUAAAACAUGACAGACUUAAAUUGAAGAAGAAUUAACUACAUGGGUGUGUUCAAGUGAGAUUUAUUUCUUUGAGCCAUGAUCUAAGAUGCUGUAGAUAAAAUAUGAGAGACUUUGUUGAGAGGAGAUUAUUUGUUAAGAGUAAGAUGUUCAUUAUGACUAAUAAUCCACAAUGAAGUAGUAGAGUUUGGGAUAAAUUGUAGUAUUCCUUCUCUUUAUCGCGAUGCCAAGCAUCUUUUACUACAAGGGGGGGAUAUGUAGCAAACAAACACUGAGGUUGAACAUGAAACAUUAGGAAAAAGCCUGAGCUGUGGAAGACCUGUUUGUUUACUGCUGUAAAUAACAAACAAUGCUGGAUUGAGACAGGAAUACAAAUUAUAACAUGAAAGGGUUGGAUUUAAAGUGAAAAUAACGUAUGCUAUAAUUCCAUUUCAGCCAAGCUUGUUUAUGGGAGAGACUUUAAGUCUACAGUUUCCUUCUACUGUCUUUUAAUUCUAUUGUCUUUUCUUUUUUGUUUGUUUUUGCUUUAGAACAAAACCUCUCAUUACUGAACUGUCAUGCAUUAUCAUGCAGUAAAUAAACCCAUAUCAAGAGGUAAUAUAUACAUAAAUAAAAAACCUGUGAUGGUUUUCUAUCAAUGUUAAAAGAUGCAAUAUGGAUCAGCUUCAGCUCAUGUAAAGUUGUCAGUAUGUUUUUUGUUUGUAUAUAAUUAUAAUUCAUUUUGUACAGCCAUAAUUGUUUGUCAUGUGAUGAAGUGUAACAAAUAUCCAGAGAAAUGACGGAUCUGAUAGUAUUCUGUGUUUUGCCCCUCUGACAGAAGAGCUUUUAUGUUGCAGAUGUUUCUUGUCUUUUAUAUCAUACCCUCAAUGAAAUUCUUUGUCUCAGAAGCUGAAGAAAAAGUUUCUGUGUUUUGGUUUCCCUGUUUUUUUUUAUUUAGUAUUUAUCAACAAUGCAGAGCCA